CAGUAAUACGUAGUCAUAGCGACCGGGCCUACAGGUACAGGUGUGGAGUGAGUGUAUAUUGCAGAGUGAAGGUGAAGAAAAUCCCUUUGUGUGAACUGGUUCGAAAACGAUUCUUUUUUUCCCAGGGUCCGUUGUCGCAUCCACAUGUCCGUAAAUAAAGCCCAAAUGUCGAAGUCGGCUUUCCACGGACACGGCAGCUUUAAAUACAUUAUGACCUGUGGUAGGCAGCUCCUGCUGCCAGUGCUGACGAAGACUCGGUGAAGGUGACGUCACGAACCUAAACCUGGGUGAGGUUACCUCAGAUCACGUGUUGCUUUCAAAACAAUGGAAGAAAACAGCUGAUCGCACCACUGGGACUUUUGGGAUGAAACACACAACAAAUGACGCGUUUCUUCCAGUUUCAGUCUUCAGUUUAGUUUCACCACUUUCUGAAAUCGUCCAAGGCAUGAGGUAGUGUAUAUUGAUUAAAGAAAUGGACCUUAUCUUGACUGAAAAGUAAAGGUGUUGAGUUUUGCUUGUUAAAAGACAUUCCAAAAUGUUCGAAAAUAUAAUAUUACCGAAGAAUUUGGAUAAUUUUAUCUAUAGAUAUAUAUUUAAAACUCAGUUUAUCAGAAUUAUAGAACCGUAGGUUUUCUUAAUAUGAAUCCGUUUGAAAACUAAAGGUGCUUCUUGAUAACAUGGUAUUUUUUAAAAAGUAGGUUUUUGUUUUAAGCAUAAAGUUUUUAACAUGCUCAAGUUGAGUUAGAUACUAACCAAGCUAGUUCGUGUUCUGUGAGAGAAAAUGUCAAUGAAUUUAAGAUACCUCAGAAACCAAUUACGGGAGUUUAAACAUUCCUUGUCAUGCCCAAUGAUGUCGACGAACAAAUCAGCUUGGUGCUGUCACCCGAAGAGUUUCGCGUUGCUGUUUCUCUCUCUAGUGUCAUUCUAUGGCAUAGUCCUUUGGACUGGCUUCCUCCCCAGCAAGAAUGACCACUACCCAGCGCCCUUGAGUACAAGUCCUUUGUACCCUACACCUGGCCCUCUGCUGGACCUAAAGGACUUCGAAUAUGUGAUUAACAACGACGUCUGCGGGAGGGACGACGUUUUCGCUACUGUGAUCAUCCACACACAUCCGGCCCACAGGGAAAGGAGAGACAGCAUGCGUAAGAACAUUCCUUCCUCUGACCUCCGUGACCUGGGGGUGAGACGGGUGUUCCUGCUUGCCAGGGCGGAGUGGAACGACCAGGACCUGUAUCGCAGGACGCCUCAGGAGUACAUCAACGACGAGAACAUCCUGCACAAGGACAUCGUGCAGGGGAAUUUCAAGGAGCACUAUCGUAACCUCACCUACAAACACGUCAUGGGCCUACAGUGGGUGACGAGAUACUGCCCCACGGCCAAGUACAUCAUCAAGAUGGACGAUGACAUCGUCGUCGACCUGUACCAGUUUCGAGACAGGCUGAGGACGCGAUAUCCUGAGAGGAGGAAUCUCAUCCUGGGAUUGCUUCAGAUAGAUUCAAAGCCCGUCAGGAACGUGAAGAGUAAGUGGUACGUCAGCGAAGAGGAGUUCCCGGGAGAUUACUAUGAGCAUUUUAUGUCAGGGUGGGCUUACGCCAUGACGCUUGACGCAGCGAAUGCUAUCGUACUAGAAGCUGCCAAAUUACCUUACUUCUGGAUUGAUGACGUGCACGUCACAGGGACUCUAGCUGAGAGAGUCGGCGUGAAGAGAGAGGGACUCAACCGUUUUUACACCAUCCACGUCGAGCACCUCAAAUGCUGCCUAGACCAAGAACGCAGCUCAGACUUCGUCUGCGACUACUUCGUGGGGCCUUGCGAGGAUGACUUCGUCGUCAUGAGUAGAGCAUUGGCGCACGCGAGGUCGUGCUACCUCAACCCUUGCAUGAGGCGCCCUCCGGAAGCCAGUAUACGUAAGACUUGCAUCAUUGCAAAGACGCCUCGGCCUUACGCUCCCUUGGGGAAAGGACAAGGGGAGAUUGUUCAGGUGUUCAAGGGGGAGAAUUCGGGAAGAAUCUUAGCCGUCCAUUAAUUCAUAUCAAGGGAACAUUUCGUUUGUAAUUCGUCCAAACCGCCAACGCCAUAUGAAUCUCAUGUGCUUCUUCGUGAAGAUUAUGAUUUAUGCAGCCAGUGACAACUACAUUCCUAGAUAUAAAACUGCCUAUUGCUCCUAAGAAAAUUAUAGGCCUAGUGAACCGUCCAUGCAUGCCACUUUUAUACAGAAAUGUGUAGAAAUGUACAUAAAAGUUAAUGAAUACCAUGUGAUUCUCAUGUGAUUCUACUGAAGAAAGUGAUGUUUGUAGCCAUAUAAGUUAAUGACAACUAUAUCUUUUAUAUAAAACUGUCUAUUGCUUUUAGGAAAGUUGCGGCCCCCCGCUGCAGCUAAAAUUUGUUAAUCCUAAAUAUUCAGGUCAAACCCCAAAAUGGUGCUAAGAACUAGUAAGAACAGAUAACAGAAAGUAGAUAAUUUAAUUAUAUACUGACUAGAUGUUAAAGUAGCCACAGAGAUUUUUUAAGAAAUUCGUUAAGAUAACUUGUUUUUCUAGUCAUAUGUCCUGAGAAUGAGUUAAUCUAUUUUUAAAGUGAACUGACAUGUAGUUUUACUGUUAUCUGAGCGAAUUUUAAUUGUUAUUAUCGGUAGCUUCGAGCAGAAAUAAAUCAUUUAUUUCCCAUAGUAUUUAUGGUAAGUUGCAAUAAUUAGAUUUUUCUGUGUGACUGGAUAUGAACUUUGGAUUUUACUAAAAAAUAUUCUGAUACAUUAUUAUUGUAAAGUUGCAAUUACUCAGAAAGAUUUUUUAAAAGUUUGUUACAAUACUUUUCGUUUCAAAGAAAAAUGUUUGAUAUUUGCUGUUUAAGAAAAUUUUUAUUUAAUUGAUUAAAAUGUAAAAUUUUU